ACUUGGAGCCGAUUCAAAGAGAUUAGGCCUCCUGGGGCCGAUUCAAUGGGAUUGGGCCUCCUGGGGUUGAGUCAAUGAAAUUGAGCCACUUGGGGCCGGGUCAAUGAGAAUGGGCCACCUGGGACCGGCUUAAUGAGAUUGGGCCACUUGGGGCUAAGUCAAUGAGAUUGGCCCACCUGAGGCUGGGUCAAUGAGAUUGGGCCACCUAGGGCCGGGUUAAUGAGAUUGGGCUGCCUGGGACCGGGUCAACGAGAUUGGGUAACCUGAGGCUGGGUCAAUGAGAUUGGGCCACCUUGAAUUUAAGCCCUUGAAUCAUGAAAUUUGGUUCUUGAUUUAGAAUCUUGAAUUUUGGACUUGGAAUUUGAAUUUUGACUUUUUGAUUUGGUCUUUUGAUUUGGAAUCUUGAUUUUUGCUUUGUGUGGUAAUUUCCAUCUACCUCACAAAUUUUGACUUUGAUUUUACCUUCCACUUUCAUCUACCAAUUUUACUUUCAUAUGUUUUCAUCUACCAAGUGGAUUUUACUUUCCAUGUGAUCCCAAUUUUACCUACCAUGAGAAUUUAUUUUGAAUUUCAUUUUUUGGUGGUAAGAACUCUUAAAUUACACCUUGGAAUUAGAAUCAAAAAGGAUUUUUUUUUUGUGCAGGAUGAAUUUUUUAACUGUAAAAUGGUCCCCCCCCAACCUCUUUUUAACUCACCAAUCCGAGUUUCUUGAGUUGGGAACGAUUCGUGAGCGAGUGAGCUCGGGUUUUUAAGUUUCUUCGAGGAUUCGAAGUUCUUUGUAUUUCCUUGGGUUUUCAUAAAUUUCUUUGAGUUUCCCUUUGAAUAUUUUCAUCUUCUCCUUGAAGUUCUUCAUAGUUCUUGAGGAGGGGGCCAUUUGGAGAAUUUGAAGUCUUUCUAGGCCUUUUUGCAAAUUAUAAAACUUUCUGGGGUUCUUUGCAAUUUGUGAAACUUUCUGGGGUCAUUUGUAAUUUGUGAAAUUUUUUGGUGUUCUUUGUAAUUUUUGGAACUUUCUGUGGUUCGUUACAAUUUGUGAAUUAUGUCCGAUAGAAAAAAGAGGAGGACUCUGGGAGAGAUCCGGUUGGGUAUUGGAGAGAGAUGCAAUACAUCCUCUCAAGGGGAUGAUAGUCUUGCGAAAUGGUAUGUCAGGCGAACACUUUCCAAGUCCCGGAACCACAUUUGUAAUGCAGCAUGGGGCAAAUGGGUAAGUCUUUCCCUUUCCUUUAAUUUAUUUAUUUUUGCUUUUUAUUUUUUGUUCAUUUUUUGCAUUUAUUUAUUUUUUGUUCUUUUUUUGCAUUUAUUUAUUUUUUGUUCAUUUUUUGCAUUUAUUUAUUUUUUUGUUCAUUUUUUGUAUUUAUUUAUUUUUUUGUUCAUUUUUUGCAUUUAUUUUAGGAACAUGAAGAUGGAACACCUCCCACAUUGGCCAGGUGUGGCCAUCCUAAUGCUAUUUGGGAGUGGUAUGAGAUACUCCCCCAUAGAGCACAGGGGCAAGUAGAUUCUACUUACCUGUGUCGUCUGGCCCUAUUGGAGACUAGGAAAUUCAGCUCGGCAAUGGUGGGAGCUUUGGUGGAGAGGUGGUGGCCAAGCACCCAUUCUUUUCAUCUUCCCACUAGUGAGAUCACUAUCACUCCCUUUUGCUUUUAUACCCUGACUGGCAUACCCUUGGGAGGGAGGCCUCUAUCGAUUCCCAAGACAUUGUCAGCACAGGAGUUCACAGAGCUGAUAGGCAUUGAGAUUUCGGACACUGAUAUGCAUAUCUGCUUGGGUGUGAUUACCGCCCGCUAGAUGAGGAAGGACCUAAGAGUGAACCCAGGUAACCUUGCACAGGUAACCCGCUCCUUCUUAUUAUUUACCAUGGCCUAGUGCCUUUUUAAUGUCCUCCUGGGUGGAGUGGGCAUCCAUAUGGCUGCCCUCUUCCGAAACAUUCAUGAGGUGGACUCUUGGGAUUGGGGCAGGGCCGCCUAUGCAUAUCUUCUGCGGACCCUGGACCUGUUGGCAUAUGGGGAUUGGGGCCUCAAGCGGGCAGGCUACAUUCUUCAGGUAACUUUGCAUUUCUUUUUGUUCUUUUCUCUUUUCUUUCAUUGCACAUCCUUACUAUGAUAUCUCAAUUUAGCCUUGGUGCUAUGAGCACCUAGAGAUCUUCGCCCCUGUGCUGAAGGACUCUUUGAGUUUGCCAUUCCCCAUGGCUAACAGAUGGGGAGACAGUUUGGUAUUGAGGAACCGACGCUAUCCCCCCUAGACCACUCCCCGCUCUCUUCUGGAUGGUCUGACAAAGGUAAGCCACAUUUAGUGUCAAGUUUUUCUUUUGCCUUGUGCUAUACUCACUUCUUCUUAACCUUGCAGGUCAAUUGGAGACCAUUCCGAAAUAUCCAAUUUUACAACCCCGAUGAAUUUGCUCAAGCCAAGCAAUUGACAAAGUGUCAUGCAUUAUUUCGAGGUAUCUGGAGCCAUGCUUGGAAUCUAGGGGAGCGUGUCACUCCUCAGUGGUCUGAUCCUACUAUGCAUUCUCCUCCUUGUUACCCUCCAUCGACUAUGCUCAACCCAGAGCUUCUUCCUGAGGGUGAGGUAGAGAUAUGGGUUGAAGGAGUAUGGGAUGACUCCCUCCUAGAUCAGGACAGAGAUUAUGAGACUUUUCUCGAGGAGGUGACAGUCUGCACUCCCUAUGAACCCAUGGGGCUAUUGUGGAGGGCACGACAUGUGGCUCCCCCUCCUACUCGGUCACAAGUAGGUGUUGCCUCCUCAUCUCAGGUUGAGUCUUCCAUUGUUGUGAGGGGACCUCUUCGGAUGACCAUUAGCCCUUUCAGUUGUUUCCUGGGCUGGUCUUAUCCCAGUGUGAGACGUUUGAGCAUUCCUCAACUCUUGGAGGGCAGAGUGGAUAGAGACGCCACUCUCAGACUUCCUAUCCCAUUUGACUGUGUGUCUCUGGAGCUCUAUGCCGAACUCAGGAGGAUCCAUCAGGGUUUGUCCGAGGUCUUGGUUGAGAGGGAGAGGGAGAACGAUGCCUUGAGGAGGCUAGUUAGCUCCUACUGACGGGGGAAUGCCCAUUUGUGGAGGCAGGUUGAUGACCAGGCACAGAGGUUGGCAAGUUCAGGAUUGAGAUCCUCCAGUUCUGUGGCCUUCCAUGAGGAUGAUGCUGAGCAUGCCUUGGAUGAUGACUUUUGACCCAUAGGGAUUUCUUCUUGUAUUUCAUGUAAACACAAACAUAUAUAUUUUCUUUUUCUU